UUGAUCCCAGGAUACCCACGAAAAGAAAGAAGAAAGGGAAGGAAGAGAGAGAAGGAGAAAGGGAGAAGGAAGAACGAGAAGGUGCCGGCCGGCGGUGGCUUCGGUGGUCGCCGUCGCACGCCGGUGAUAUCCCGGUGACUGCUUUAUCGCCGGAAACUAAGCAAACAAAGACUAAAACAUUAUUUUGAGAGAGUCACAUAUUGCCAAAACACCCCAAGUAGUACGAGAACCAUUGCAAUACGACUUCCAACGCAAAGCUCCAACGACCAUGGCUCCCAUCGCUUCAAAGCUCUACACUGAUGAUGUAAGUCUAGUGGUGCUACUACUCGACACAAACCCGUACUUUUGGAAUUCUUCAUUUUCAUCUUCUUUCUCCUUCUCCGACUCUCUCUCUCAUGUUCUAUCAUUUGUCAAUUCAAUUUUGCUACUAAAUCAGUUAAACCAAGUAGUGAUAAUUGCUACUGGGCAUAACACAUGUGGAUACAUUUUUGAUUCAUCUUCAUUGACUUCUACUGAUCAAAACUCCAAUGAUGUUAAAAUGCCGGCGUUUUGCUCUCAAGCUCUCAAAAAAUUGGAGAAAUUUAUUGAUGAAGAUGAGAGUUUGGGUGAUACUGUUAAUGGUAUUAAUGGUGUCGGUUCCUCUCUAUUAUCUGGUUCCCUUUCUAUGGCCCUUUGUUAUAUUCAACGCAUUUUUCGAUCAGGGCCACUUCAUCCGCAGCCUAGGAUAUUAUGCCUACAUGGAUCCCCUGAUGGACCUGAGCAAUAUGUUGCUGUGAUGAAUUCCAUAUUCUCAGCUCAGCGUUCCAUGGUCCCCAUUGAUUCUUGUGUUAUAGGAACACAACAUUCUGCUUUUUUGCAGCAGGCAUCAUAUAUUACUGGCGGGGUCUAUUUGAAACCACAACAAUUAGACGGGUUAUUUCAGUAUCUUUCUACUGUAUUUGCAACUGAUUUGCACUCGAGGAACUUCAUACAGCUUCCAAAACAUGUAGGCAUUGAUUUCCGUGCCUCGUGUUUUUGCCACAAAAAUACGAUCGAUAUGGGUUACAUAUGUUCGGUAUGCUUGUCAAUAUUCUGUGAGCAUCACAAAAAGUGCUCAACAUGUGGGUCAGAAUAUGGUCGACCCCAGACGGAUGUGUCAUCUUCAUCAAGUAAGAAGAGAAAAAACCCAUCAUGAUGCAUGCUUCCCUGCUCAACUUUGUUAUUUAGCUCAUGCGAUGGUCAGUUUUCGCUGUGAUCAUGCAGACCUUGAAAUCUUUUUAUUGAAACUUUUAUAAAACCAAUCGUGGAAAAUGGUACCAGGAUCACACAGCUUUCUGAUCCUGCAGUGACUUCUGUGUUGGCCUAGUUGGUUAGGAAAU